AUGUUACUAAAUGCUACUGUUCAACAUCGUGUUAAACAUUUUGAUCUUUUAUUAGCACGUGAAUUAGCAUCACUUGAACGUGAAUAUGAACAAAAUUUAAUAACACAUAAAAAUCUUGAAAAAUCUAUUCGUCGUGAAACACGUCGAAAAAAAGUUACAUUACCAUUUGAUGAAAUUUAUCAUGAACCAAAUCAAACAUUAAAUUAUCAUAAAAUAUGUUAUUCAAAAAAUAAUUAUUUAAAUGAAAAAUCUUCAUCUUCGUCUUCUUCUAUUGUAAGUAGUAAUCAUAAUGAAAAUCAAAAUGAUGAAAUAAUACAAGAAACAUCUCCAAAACAUCGACGACAAUGUUUAAAACUUCAACGUUUACCACCGAUAAUAAAAGCAAGUGUAUUAAAUCGACAAAAACAAUCAACAAAUGAUUCAUAUUGGAUGUAUAAUUUUCGAUCAUCAAAUAAACUUAAAGAAAAUUUUAAUGAUACAUAUUCUGAACUUAAUGAUGAAUUAUCAAAAGCAACAUUACCAAAUAUAACACCUAUACAAAAACAAAUUCAUUCAUUUAUUGAUACUUUACCAACAUAUACUGGUAGUCAACGAGGUUUUGAUAAUUUUGCUCCAGCAUCUCUUUAUUCAAGUCGAGCACCGGUUAUUAUGAAAUAA